GGUUGAGUUUGUUUAGGAACCGCUGGCGGUGGUAGUUCAUUUUGUCGACAAAAUUCAGGUUAGAGUUGACAGAAAGAGAGACUAAAAUGGCAGCUGUAAACGACCCGUGGAUGCAAAUAGUGGUCAACAUCGGUAUUGGGGCAUUUAGCCAUCCUAUGGGCUAUGUCAAAACGUUGAUUCAGCUUGGUUAUGAACCUCUCCCUCCUCGUUUAGGAAGGAAUGCAUUCUUCAGGGAAUGCUACCAGCUUCCAGGAUUCCUUCCUUAUGCAAGACAUAUAUACAGUGUAGAGGGCUUCACUGGCCUGUACCGGGGCUUCUUUCCUGCCCUGUGCCAGAACUUCAUUUCAGGUGCUGUCCUGAGGUCGGUCUCUGAGAAAAUGGAUGAGCUGUUCCCUGUUGUAGAUGAAAGUGAAAAGAAAGCCCUUGCCAAGAAGAGACCGGAGUUGGCCAGUGUGUCAUUCCAUACUUUUAUGCUUCAGAUGUCCAAGGACUCAGUAGCUCAUCUAUGUGCUGUUGUCGUGUCCCAGCCCUUCAAUGUCAUCAUGAUCAGAAGCAUGGCUCAGUUCAUCGGCAAGGAAACAAAGUACAGUGGCUGGAUUUCUCCUUACUUUGAAGUAUACAAUGAUUCAGGAAUCAGAGGACUGUUCACAGGUCUGGCACCUAGACUACUACUCGAUCUAAUGACCUUGUGGCUUGCAAGGACGAUGUACUACUCAUUUAACAGACUCGUUGUAGACGAGAAUAUGACAAAUGUAUCUGAGCUCCGGAGCUAUGCAAACAUUAUUACAGGAUUUCUAGCAAGUAUGCUGACCUAUCCAUUCAGCCUCAUCAGCAGUAACUACAUCGUCAAUAACUCAGGAUUGUUAGCUGGCACAGCUCCCUAUGUACCUGUGUAUAUGAACUGGGUGGACUGUUGGAGAGACCUCAGGAACAGGGGUCUUCUCAAGCGUGGCUCCAGCCUCUUCUUCAGACGUUACAAUGCGAAGAUGGUCGUCUUCCAACCAGAGCCAGUCACUCCUUUAGACUAGAUCCCAUCUCACGCUCCACCUACCGGAGUCCCUCCCCCAUCUCACCCCCCACCUACCGGAGCCCCUCCCCAUCUCCCAUCUCUUUAGAGCCCUUUCUCCCUCUCCUCCAGGGGCUCGUUUCACAAAGCCUCUUUUCAAUGACAAAUGACAAAAAUCAGUGUCAAAUCUGCUGAUAACCAAUCGAAAGCAAGGAUUUCAGUAGCUUAUAACAAAAACUGUCAUUUGUCACUGAUGACAAGUUUUGUGAAACAACCCCCUGAAGUUUAGUUUCAUCCGUGAUGAAAUCAUGAUGAAAGUGUGUCUAUUUUUCUUGAUGUGAUCUUCGAUCCCUCUCUUCGCUUCCUGAUUUUUGUAUAAUGAAGCAAAGCUAGGCUUUACAUUUUCGCAAUAUUUUGUAUCGAUUGUUCAAGAUAAUCGUCGUGCAUGUUUCAAUGAAGAAUUUCUCCUUGUGGUAUCUGUACGAAAUAAGAAUUAGUGAUCGUAAUGAGACUCCAUGAGUCAGAUUCUGUUCCGUUCAAUAUUAGACCAGUACACAUAGGUAUUCAAUUUGUAUGCGUAUAUUCUUCUGUGGUCACUCUUGAUUUGAGUUUUGCCCGAGCAAUGCCCAACAUAGCACCAACCGUCAACAGCCUUCCUGCUAUGACAUUAUCAUUACUCUUCACGAAGUGAAUGCGAAAGUUUAUUUGAAGAUGCAUUUGUAGAAUUUAUUAUAUAUUUGUAAACUGAUCUAUUGCUUAUUCCUUCAGCAAUUUCAUUUGCAUUUUGUGGUGGUGGUUGUUUUACGUGACUGCUAAGAAAGCAUAAAUGCUUGUAAGUAAGCAACCAGAGGACCGACGGUUCUAGGGGAUGAAUUAACUACUUAUACAAGCUUCCCUUUCGUGAUUGGAUAGUCUAUAGUAUCCUUCAAUGUUUUUAAGAUAUUUUUUUAUGAUUUAAACACUUUGGACGCCAAAGGUUAAAUUUAGUACGUACAUUAACUCUAUACCCAGAGUGUGGUUUGUUUUCAAGAAUUGAAAAAAGAAUUACAUGAAAACUGUUAAAGUGAUAUACUUUGAAACAGAGCGACAGUUGAUGUGUCAUAUUGUUAUAUUUCAUGUGAUUGUGUUGUAUUGUCCAAUGGUUAAUACCUCGCCUUUCCUGUAAUGCAUGCAAGAUCAAUGCAAUAGAAUAUUGAGGAGAAUUUGGCCGUUCAAACAUAUAAAGGCACCAAUCCAUAAAUUGUCAUAAAUUAUUUUAUAUGUACAGAGUACCUGUAUACAUGCAGCUUCUAUACGAUAUAUGUCAAAUGGCCGUUUGAAAAAUUAUGUUGAAAACAUAUAAAUCUCUUUAGUGAUAGUAUCCUUGUACUUUAGUUUAAUUUGAUAUACAUGUAGAUGCCUUUUUUUUCUUCCUGAAAUCAAUGUUAUUUUUAUGCUCUUAUUUUGGUGAAUAGGUGUACUUAUUCAAGAUCACUGCUUUUAAAGUUCGUUUGAUUGACAUUGUAAACACACUUAUUUCGAUAGCGUCUAAUUACAGUGAUUUUGUUAUUUAGACAUUUAUCAAUCUCUUUAUGUAGUAGAGUACAGUAAGAUAAAUUCACAUGUAUGAUAGUGGAAAGAGUUGAGAUAAAAGGAACCUCGCAUUUGUGGUUAUUUUGAUUUUGAUACCAUCUUGACCAGUUCUAGGGUUUUAUGUACAAACCUAUUUCUCUAUACUCUCGUGCCCUCUAUAUGUGCAGAAUCUAAAGGCUGGAUGCGUGUAAUGACAGUGAAACCUGUGCAUAAUGACCACCCAAGGAAGACAAGAAAAGUGUUUGCUUUUGGCAGGUGGUCUUUAUGUACAGGUUCGCUUUUAAUAGUACAGGUUUCGAUGAGAAAUCAUUUUCAAAGGAAACCCCCCCAAAAAGUGAUCCAUCUAUAAAGGUGGUCUUUCUUUACAGGUGGUUGCUUAAGCAGAUUCAACUGUAUGUGUACAUAUAGUUUGAUUUCUCAGUGAGAAAUUGUUGCAUUUGGUCCCAACCAAGUCAUAAUCUGCAUUUGGUGACAGAUUUUAACCGCAAAGUCUAUACUUCUUUCUUUUCAAUCCUCAUGUUUUUUCGAGAUGCAUGACAAAAAUAAGGUUUUUAUUUGAAAUGUAUGUUCUUUGUGUGGGUAGAAAUACACUUGGUCUUGCAUGAUCUUAGUGACUUGUAUUUCUCCCUUGAAAUUAGGAAACCAUUUGUGCUGCAAGAACUUGGACCCAACUGAUAUUCUUUACCGACGGUGAUGGUUUCCAUCAUUACAUCUGUGUUUUGCAUGUUUAAAGUACUAAGGGCAGUUGAAGAGGAAAGAAUUUGUAACAGAUGCUUGUUUAAAUGUGAAAUACUUUGUGAGUAAAUAUAAAUAAUCCAAUGAAGAAAAUCUAUUAAAAUUUUUUGCAUACAUGUACACCAUCA